CCCUUUUAGUUUUAAUCUGUGUGUGUUAGUUAAUGUCAAAAAGUUGAAGGUUAUGGUCAAGUUUCGAAGUUUCAUUUUAAUAAAAAAUAUAGCUAAAUCCUGAAAAACCUUAACAACUUGUGAUUAUUUUGCCCUUUACAAUCAGAAACUUUUUACUAUUGUAAAUAAUGAACUUUGCAAUAUUCGUACUUGUUGUGAAAUAGUGUGUGUUUACUACGCAGCAACAUAAUAUAAUUAAAACUUUAUUAAACCAAGAGAAUACUAAGAAAUCCCUGUCGGUAUGCCGGAUAUUAAGAUAACUCCAUUAGGCGCUGGCCAAGAUGUCGGCAGAAGCUGUAUUUUGCUGUCUAUGGGGGGUAAAAACAUCAUGCUUGAUUGCGGGAUGCAUAUGGGGUACAACGACGAGAGGCGGUUCCCCGACUUCUCCUACAUCGUACCAGAAGGUCCCAUCACUAGUCAGAUUGACUGCGUAAUUAUAUCGCAUUUCCAUUUAGAUCACUGCGGUGCCCUUCCGUACAUGUCGGAAAUGGUGGGUUACACUGGCCCAAUAUACAUGACCCACCCGACAAAAGCCAUAGCACCCAUACUACUCGAGGACAUGAGAAAAGUCGCUGUAGAAAGGAAAGGAGAAUCUAAUUUCUUCACCUCGCAAAUGAUCAAAGACUGUAUCAAAAAAGUAACCGCUGUUACACUGCACCAGUCUGUCAUGGUUGACAAUGAAUUGGAAAUAAAAGCUUAUUAUGCGGGUCACGUGCUGGGUGCUGCUAUGUUUUGGAUCAGAGUUGGCUCUCAGUCUGUAGUGUACACUGGAGACUAUAACAUGACUCCCGACAGGCAUCUAGGAGCUGCGUGGAUAGAUAAAUGUAGACCAGACUUGCUCAUUUCAGAGUCUACAUACGCAACUACCAUAAGAGAUUCAAAACGCUGCCGUGAAAGAGAUUUCUUGAAAAAAGUACAUGAGUGUGUCGAAAAAGGAGGAAAAGUGCUUAUUCCAGUGUUUGCUUUGGGCAGAGCACAGGAAUUAUGCAUUUUAUUGGAGACAUAUUGGGAACGCAUGAACUUGAAAUAUCCUGUGUACUUUGCAUUGGGUUUGACAGAAAAAGCUAAUAAUUACUACAAAAUGUUCAUCACAUGGACCAAUCAGAAGAUUCGGAAGACCUUUGUGCAGAGAAAUAUGUUUGAUUUUAAACACAUCAAGCCUUUUGAUAAAUCCUAUAUUGAUAAUCCAGGUGCAAUGGUGGUGUUUGCUACCCCGGGCAUGUUACAUGCAGGCUUGUCCUUGAAUAUAUUUAAAAAAUGGGCACCAUACGAACAAAACAUGUUGAUUAUGCCUGGUUUCUGUGUCCAAGGCACUGUUGGUCAUAAAAUUUUAAACGGUGCUAAGAAAGUAGAGUUUGAGAACCGUCAAGUAGUCGAAGUCAAAAUGGCUGUUGAAUACAUGUCGUUCUCCGCUCACGCUGACGCUAAGGGCAUUAUGCAACUGAUUCAAUACUGUGAACCAAAGAAUGUGUUACUAGUGCACGGAGAGGCUCAAAAGAUGGAGUUUUUGAAGGACAAAAUUGAAAAGGAGUUCAAAAUCAGCUGUUACAUGCCUGCUAAUGGAGAAACAACUGUCAUAAAUACUCCAACAAAAAUUCCUAUUGAUGUAUCUUUACGAUUAUUGAAAGCCGAAGCUGUCAGGUACAACGCACAGCCACCGGACCCCAAAAGGAGACGAGUAGUUCAUGGUGUGCUCUGUGUCAAAGACAAUAGACUGUCAUUACUGGACCUGGAUGAAAUCUGUGAUGAAAUAGGCAUAAACCGACAUGUUAUUAGGUUUACCAGUACAGUGCGGUUUGAUGAUCCGGGGCCAUCUGUCAAAACUGCUGAAAAACUCAAAACAUUGCUUGCAGAAAAGUUGCAGGGUUGGUCAAUUACAAUAUCAGAUGGCAACAUUUCUGUAGAAUCUGUCCUAAUAAAGGUUGAAGGAGAUGAUGACAGUACCAAAAGCAUUUAUGUCUCAUGGACAAAUCAAGAUGAAGAUUUGGGCAGUUAUAUUCUCGGAUUACUGCAGUCAAUGGUGCAAUGAAGACUUUUUAAUAAACAAGUAAAGCAGUUUUUCAACUGAAUCAACCAAACUUUUUUUUGAAGCCUCAAUAACUCAAUGGUAAACGGGCCCAGAAUCAUUACCUAUAUUACGGGUCAUGGUUUGAAGCCAGCUGGACUACUGUAGCACCCACUCCUGACAGUCUUUUCUGACUAAUUGGGAUGGGAAUGGGAAUAUUAGUCAUAUUUAAAAGAUAUGGCAUAUUUUUUUUUAAAUGAAUAUAUUCUACAAAUAAUAACAUACUUAAAAGUUCAGGUUUGACUUCCUUGAUUUUUAGAAGAGAUCCAGUAAAACUUGCUACCAACUACUGAUUAUGAUUUCAUUCCAUUGCUCGCCUCAAGAGUUGAAAAUAGCAGAACUAAAGUGUUUUUCAGAUAGCUUUCACUCUAGAAAGUUUGCCACGAUUCACAUUAUUAAUAUUUAUUAUGAAUGUCAUAAGGCAAUUGUCACCAUACCCAUGCUAUCUGAAAAACACUAUAGCCAAACAUUGAGGGUAAUAAGGAAGAGUUGUUUCAAAACACAUUUGUGUGAUCAUUCUCUCAGUGGAUUGCACAAAGUUUUUAACAAGGGUAGGCACUGCAUAAAAAUUACAAAAUGAAAAAUUCCCUUUCUAAUACAGGUUCAAAGUGAGUCAUCAGGGUAGGCAGUGAAUUUUUGCUUCUAUCACAUGCAAACCAUUGAUAGUGAUUGUCUUGCCCUGUGUUAGUUCCUUUGUUUAAGUUUAAGUUAAAUAUUAAUAAAAAGCCUUUGUUUGUAAAAUAAUGUUUAAUAAAUAGUUUAAUGAAGAACAA